GGGGAAAAAAAAAAACACCAAGCAACAACCUCUGGUGCGCCAUUGAGCACCAGACCAAAAUUUGUAUCUGCACCCCUGUGUGUGCAAUAGCUGCCUGUUGAUGGCAGGAAAGAGUUCAAUUGUGAAGCUCAACGGAGCAGACGGACGAGCACAACGUGGUUACGUCAUCAGUGCGAGGGAAGAAGGCAGAAGCGUAGCGUACAUAUUUGAUUGAAGAGCGCAUAAUAAAUGCAGAUGGUGUGAUGGUUUGCACCCAUCGUUAAACAACAUAGAAGAUGGCAACGACUUUGGAGAAGACAAAUGCGAAAAAGAAGACAAAAUGCUGAAAGUUUGCAUUUCAGACCGUUUAGAAAGGCGAACACCAGUGACUCAACACGUCUCUCAAGCAAGACACAACAAUGGGGUGGAAGAGCCAAGAUGACCGUCACACAAAUCAACAUCACUGAAGAGCUUCCUACUGAGUGGCAGGAGCCAGAGCCCCCUCACAUUAAAGAGGAAGUGGUCGACGAAGACGUCCACCACAUCAAAGAGGAAGAGCCCAUUUCGAUUAAAAAAGAGGAGGAAGAAGCACACCCCCACAUCAAACAGGAAGACGAGGAGGAGGAUAUCACAAAGUUUCCAUCAAGUGGUGUCCCUUUAAAGAGUGAAGACGAAGGUCAAAGUGAGGAGAGCAGAGGGGUGGAGCCUCCAAGCAGCAGCUCAAAUCAACACAUGACAACAGAAGGUGAUGGAGACCAUUGUGGAGGAUUACAAGCAGACGGCCUCUUAGCUCCACUAUCGGAUAGUCACGACAUGACGUCAGACUCUCACACUGAUGAUGAUGAUGAAAAACACUCUGAAAGGGAUAUGAUAUGUCACACUGUCAACAAACGAUGGAAAUGUUCUCAGUGUGGGAAAAUAUUUGCUAAUAAGAGGAUUUUGAAACGACACAUGAGAACACACACUGGAGAGAAACCUUUUUCCUGCUUAGUUUGUGGUAAAAGUUUUACUCAGAAGGGAAAUUUAAAAAUGCACACAAGAACCCACACUGGUGAGAAACCUUUCUCCUGCUCAGAGUGUGGUAAAAGUUUCUCUGAAAGGGGAAGUUUAAAAAAACACGCAAGAACCCACACUGGUGAGAAACCUUUUUCCUGCUCAGAUUGUGGUCAACGAUUCUCUGUAAAGGGAAGUUUAAAAAAACACACAAGAACCCACACUGGUGAGAAACCUUUUUCCUGCACAGUUUGUGGUCAGAAAUUCACUGAGAAGGGAGAUUUAAAAAUACAUGCAAGAAUCCACACUGGUGAGAAACCUUUUUCCUGCUCAGUUUGUGGUAAAAGAUUCACUCAGAAGGGAAAUUUAAAAAUACACACAAGAACCCACACCGGUGAGAAACCUUUUUCCUGCUCAGAUUGUGGUCAAAGAUUCUCUGAAAAGGGAAGUUUAAAAAAACACACAAGAACCCACACUGGUGAGAAACCUUUUUCCUGCCCAGUUUGUGGUCAAAGAUUCACUGAGAAGGGAGAUUUAAAAAUACACACAAGAACCCACACUGGUGAGAAACCGUUUUCCUGCUCCAUUUGUGGUCAAAGAUUCACUCGGAAGGAACACUUGACAAGACACACAAGAACCCACACUGGUGAGAAACCUUUUUCCUGCUCAGAUUGUGGUCAAAGAUUUUCUGAAAAGGGAACUUUACAAAAACACAGAAGAACCCACACUGGCGAGAAACCUUUUUCCUGCUCAGUUUGUGGUAAAAGAUUCACUCAGAAGACAGAUUUAAGAAAACACACACAAACCCACGCUGGUGAGAAACGUUUUUCCUGCUCAGUUUGUGGCCAAAGAUUCACUCGGAAGGAACACUUGACAAGACACACAAGAACCCACACUGACAUCACUGAAGAUCUUCAUACUGAGCGGCAGGAGCCAGAGCCCCCUCAAAUUAAAGAGGAAGUGCAGGACAAAGCGGUCCACCACAUCAAAGAGGAAGAGGAGCCCAUUUUGAUUAUAAAACAGGAGGAAGAAGUGCGUCCCCACAUCGAGGAGGAAGACAAGGAGGAGGUUAUCACCAAGUAUCCAUCGACUGAUGUCCCUUUGAAGAGUGAAGAUGAAGGUCAAAGAGAGGAGAGCAGAGGGGCGGAGUCUCCAAGCAGCAGAUCAAGUCAGCACAUGACAACAGAAGUUGAUGAAGCCCACUGUGAAGGAUCACAAGCAGACGGCCUCUUAGCUCCACUGUCAGAUAGUGACGACAUGACGUCGCAAUCUACUGAUGAUUAUGAUGGACAGUCUGAAGUUGAUAUGACAUUUCAGACUGACAAGAAACGAUGGAAAUGUUCUCAGUGUGGGAAAACAUUUGCUUAUAAGAGCAUUUUGAAAGAACAUGUUAGAACACACACUGGUGAGAAACCUUUUUCCUGCUUAGAUUGCGGUCAAAGAUUCACUAAAAAGGGAAGUUUAAAAAUACAUGCAAGAACCCACACUGGUGAGAAACCUUUUUCCUGCUCAGUCUGUGGUCAAAGAUUCUCGAUGAAGGGACACUUAAAAAUACACACGAGAACCCACACUGGUGAGAAACCUUUUUCCUGCUCACUUUGUGGUCAAAGAUUCUCUGAAAAGGGAAACUUAAAAAAACACACAAGAACCCACACUGGUGAGAAACCUUUUUCCUGCUCAGUUUGUGGUCAAAAAUUCUCUGUGAAGGAAAGCUUAAAAUUACACACAAGAACCCACACUGGUGAGAAACCUUUUUCCUGCUCAGUUUGUGGUCAAAGAUUCUCUGAAAAGGGAAACUUAAAAAAACAUACAAGAACCCACACUGGUGAGAAACCUUUUUCCUGCACUGUUUGCGGUCAAAGAUUCUCUGUGAAGGAAAGCUUAAAAUUACACACAAGAACCCACACUGGUGAGAAACCUUUUACCUGCUCCGUUUGUGGUCAAAGAUUUUCUGAAAAGGGAAAGUUAAAAAUACACACAAGAACCCACACUGGUGAGAGACCUUUUUCCUGCACAGUUUGUGGUCUAAGAUUCUCUGUGAAGGGAAGCUUAAAAAUACACACAAGAACACACACUGGCGAGAAACCCUUUUCCUGCUCCGUUUGUGGUCAAAGAUUCACUCGGAAGGGAAACUUAACACAACACACAAGGACCCACACUGACAUCACUGAAGAGCUUCAUACUGGGCGGCAGGAACCAGAGCCCCCUCACAUUAAAGAGGAAAUGGAGGACGAAGAGGUCGACCACAUCAAAGAGGAAGAGGAGCCCAUUUCGAUUAAAAAAGAGGAAGAACCAUGUCCCCCCAUCAAAGAGGAAGAGGAUGGGCAUAUCACCAAUUUUCCAUCGUCUGGUGUCCCUUUGAAGAGUGAAGACGAAGGUCAAAGUGCGGAGACCAGAGGGGCGGAGCCUCCAAGCAGCAGCUUAAGUCAACACAUGACAACAGAAGGUGAUGGAGACCACUUUGGAGGACCACAAGCAGAUGGCCUCUUACCUCCACUGUCAGAUAGUGACGACAUGACGUCACACACUACUCACACUGAUGAUGAUGAUGAUGAUGAUGAAAAACAGUCUGAAGGUGAUAAAACAUGUCACACAGACAACAAACGAUGGAAAUGUUCUCAGUGUGGGAAAACAUUUGCCUGUAAAGGCAAUUUGAAACAACAUGUGAAAAUACACACAGGAGAAAAAGAUUUUUCAUGCGCAGUUUGUGGUCAAAGAUUCACUCGGAAGGGAAACUUAACACAACACACAAGAACCCACACUGGUGAAAAACCUUUUUCCUGCUCAGUUUGUCGUAAAAGAUUCUCUGUGAAGGGAAGCUUAAAAAUACACACAAGAACCCACACUGGUGAGAAACGUUUUUCCUGCUCAGUUUGUGGUAAAAGAUUCACUCAGAAGGGAUAUUUAAACGUACACACAAGAACCCACACUGGUGAGAAACCCUUUUCCUGCUCAGUUUGUGGUCAAAGAUUCUCUCAUCAGGUUAAGACACACAGCUGUCAGACCUAACCUAACAAAAAUUGUGUUCCCUGGUGUUUUAGAAUUGUUUUCUGAUGAAAUGUUUGAUUUUUCAGCCAGAUUUUGGCCCGUCCACAUUUUGGACAUGUCAGCCUGUCGCACCCUGACACUUAACGAGCAGGAACCGAUUACAUUUCCUCCUUGAACUUCUGUUUUCCGUGGUGUAAUAUUUGCCCAUAUUUAAAGUCUGGAUGUAUAUUUAAGACAAUAAUGAGUGAAAACUGAUAGUUUAAUAUUGGAGAACUCGUUGAAAAAAUUUACAGUGAAAUGCCUCCUUGAGGAAAGAAGACAGCCACGUCAUCCCACAUGAAAUAACUCAUGCAGAUUCAUUUCCUCAUACGUCAUCUCAAUUUUGUAUCGAUUGUACCACAAAUGCCUCUAAGAUGUCCCAGUCGGCAUUUCUGGAGGUGGCAUUUUGUGACAGACUUGGACUUUGGCUGGCUGUCAUAAUGUUGGAUGACUCAUGACGAGGGUCACCUGGCCAAACGCGUUCCGAAACUGCAGUUGAUCUGAUUUGAUCUUAUCUGAUCCAUAAAAUCAAAAAUAUUGGGCUUAUCGUUCGUGAUUUUCAGAGGUUCAAGCUGCCAUGAUUAGAGAUGUCCGCAUACAUUUUGGUGAUGAUUGGUGACACUUUUGGGACAUUAAGCCAUGUUUCUUGGGUUCAUGCAUGAGGCUUGCAAGGAUGUGGCACUCGCCUGCCGUGUUUGUAUAAUUUUAAUGUCACCCUAAUAAAUUUGUGAUUUUUCAGCACAUUAAAUUAGUGAUUCAACAUCAUUUUGGGGUGCGAGGUGUUGUUCAUGUGAUGCAAUGAUAUAUGACAGCUGCUUCUUCUUUUCCAUUCGGCUUGUCCCGGUAGGGGUCGCCACAGCGUGUCAUCCUUUUCCAUGUCAGCCUAUCUCCUGCAUCCUCCUCUCGAACGCCAACUGCCCUCAUGUCUUCCCUCACGACAUCCAUCAACCUUCUCUUUGGUCUUCCUCUAGCUCUCUUGCCUGGCAGCUCCAUCUUCAUCAUCCUUCUACUCACUAUACUUACUAUUUCUCCUCUGGACGUGUCCAAACCAUCCAAGUCUGCUCUCUCUAACUUUGUCUCCAAAACAUCGAUCCAACCUGGUCACUCCGAGAGCAAACCUCAACAUCUUCAUUUCCGCCACCUCCAGUUCUACUUCCUGUUGUCUCUUCAGUGCCACUGUCUCUAAUCCGUGCAUCAUGGCUGGCCUCACCACUGUUUUAUAAACUUUGCCCUUCAUCCUAGCAGAGACUCUUCUGUCACAUAACACACCUGACACCUUCUUCCACCCGUUCCAACCUGCUUGGACCCGUUUCUUCAAUUCCUGACC